AUGAAACUUCAAAGCUUUUACCUUCUUACUGUCUUUUUCAUGGGUUUAUUUGUUCUUAAAAGCCAAGCAUAUACGGCCACAAUAUCGGAGAAUUUGUCUGCUUUUUGCAGAGUUUGGAUAGAAGAUUCCAAUCAUUUUCGCAUAGCUGGUGAUGGAAAAGGACAUUACCGUGGUUGUGGUUCAGUUAAUUUUAACCACAUUGAUUUUAACGAUCAACAGUACUAUAUUGUUGUGAAAGUUGAAGGUAGUACGAAGGAAGAAAAAGUCCGAGGUCCUUUCGAUAGCAAUCAUUCCUGUAGUUUAUAUGGCGAAGUUGAUAGUUGGGGAUUUGACUGUUAA